AUGGACAAGCACGAGGAUCCUUAUGAAAUUUUGGGCGUAGAGCGCGAUGCUGAUGAGUCUACUAUCAAGAAGGCUUAUUUCAAGCUGGCGCGUCUAUAUCAUCCUGAUAAGCAAGAAACUGAAGAAGAGAAACAACGAGUGAAUUCCAAGUUUGCCAAGAUAUCCGACGCAUAUGGUCUUUUGAACGAUCCUGGCAGACUGCACGAUUGGAAACAAGGCAACGGAGGACGUCCAUCUCGAUCCAGUGGCCAAAGCCGACCGCGUACCAGGUCCAAUUCCCCCAAGAAGCAGCAUCAGCGAGCUCAGAGACGACAUUCAGGAAAACGAGCACCAGCUUCUUUAUCACCGAGAAGGCAAAGUUUCGGUCCUAUUCCACAAAGAAAGACACCAAACCCUCGAACACCCCCACCUGGAGAUGUACCGCGACAUGUUCGUACAGCCAAACGUUCAGUGUCGCCCGUCCCUCCAAGAGUGAACAGUCCAACCCAACAACGAAAUUCACCACAACGAAACUCAUCGACAGGAAAACAACAGCAAUCCCGGAAUCGAAAGGGGCUUUCGCCUUCAGCACAUAGAAACCGAAGGCCCACUUCACCAUUGCCUCCUCGCAACUCUCCAGGUGCUUAUCGGCAGUCCUCGUCACCUGGUGCUCUCAGACGCAAGACAUACAAUUCCAAAUCGCCAGCAACAACCACAACCACAACAACCACGAUACCCACCAAUAAAGUCCGAAGGCCUUCGCUUCGCGGGCCUAACCCUCUGCCUUCACCACCAUCAUCGCCACCAGCAGUGAAGAGGGCAUCCUUUGUGGCAUCACCUCAAAUGAAUCCUCAUGCUGCAUUCCACCAAUCCUGGCCAUCCUCUCAGUCGCCUCCUUCCGAUCCAAUCACGACUGUCGAGAGUGCGAAAGACAUCGAGGAUGAGGAGAAGCCGAAAAAUCCAUUUCAAAUCUUGGAAUUGCAUUGGUCUGCCGACAAGGUCGAAGUCAUUAGUGCUUACCGUGAGCUGGCACAGAAGUAUCACGUUUCCAAGACUUAUGCCACGGAACAGGAACGCCAAGAGGCAGCUUGCAAAAUGGAAAAGAUCACUUGGGCGUAUGAUACCUUGCGAGAUCCCAAACAGAUGCAAGAAUGGCAACGAUACGGCAAGGCCAAAGGACCUGACAAUGAUUCUUCCGCUAGCAAGUUCCAUGACAGCAUGAACAGUAGCAAAGGAGGAGGAUGGUUUCCAUUCCGCACCGGUCGGGGCAAGGGUGACGAUGAAGAUGACGACGCUUCAUUGAUUGGCGAGGAUGAUGCAACAGAUUCCAAGAGCAACAUGCGCAGCAGUAGUUCGGCUGUCAGUAAACGCAAGAAAAGUGCCAGCCGCCGACCCAACGCCUCCUCUCCAGAUCGAAAAGACAAAAAGAAGAUAUCGUUGUUGGCUACUUUGGGCUUUCCUGGACAACACAAAGACGGUAGUCCAAAACAAGAUGGGAAAGAAAAGAAGAUAUCUCGAUUCUCCAAAUUUAGGUUCACCGGUCGAAAAGAAGACGAAAGUGUGUCAGAAAAUGCAGAGAACGAAGCACCCGAAGACAUUCCAUCGAUUGAUCCAAUGGAAGAGGAAACGUCGGUGAAAAAGAAGAAGAAGAAAAAGAAAAAAAAGAAGAAGGUAUCGACUGGUGAUGAUGAAAAUGCUGGCGAUGCUGACGAUGAGCAAAGUAGGAAAACAAAAACGAAAAAGAAGAAGAAAAAGAAAAAGCCCAAGAGUCCAAAACCUGUUGAUUAUACUUGGAAACGAGAGGAGAGUAAACUUGUUAUGGAACAUUCGAAUCGAACCGACAAUGAAACCUUUGAGAGUUCUGGUUCAAGUAUAGAAGAGGAGCAUCCAAUCAUGCUGGCCGAAUGA